AUGCAUAUCAGACUUGUCGUCUUUCUCUUGUUCUAUCUUUUUACCACAUCAGCUCUCGGAAGCACAUCUACAGCGAGUUCUUCAAGGACUAAAAGUGAUGUCGCGGUUUCUGCUAGCGCAGAGGAAGCAAGUUCUCCCGGAAUAACCUCAGGCAGCAUCAAAGACCCUCAAUUUUACCAGCAAGCUGAGCCAGUAAAGGACAAGAAAAGACAAGCACAUCUGAGAAAGAUGGCAUAUCAAAGGGAAUGGAGAGCCUUGAAUCCCGAAAAGGUUAAAGCAGCUGAAGAGAGAUUCAAGGUGAAGUACAAUAAGGAUCACGUACGAAAAGAACGGAAAAGACUAUAUUUAAUAGAAUAUCGAAGACGUAACCGAGCUGAACGUAUCGAGAAAGCAAGACGAAAGAUUGAAGAUGAUGUCUCUCAGAACACAAAGGGAUCCAAUACCUCUAACCGAAAUGCUGACCAGCCAGCGAACAAGCGUAAAAGCUUGCCAAUCAAUGAUUUGAAAAUUGCUAAAAAAGAAAAAAUUCCAGGACACGGUCAUCAGUCUCUUGGGGAUCACAUUACUCAAGGAAGUGUAAAUAUACAUGCACAAGCAAAGAAAAGUGAAGGUGAAACUCCUCGAAAUGAGCCAGAAGUGCAAUCCUCACGAAACAUUAUUCGAAUCCGUCUUCCGCCAAGAAAAGAUCAAAAUAAAGAAGAGAAACGUUUCAACAAAUCCGGUUUUUUGUAG